ACGAAAAGAAAACGAAACGUCUCCUCAUCCAAGCUUACGAACAGAUAUCAUUAGAAACAAACUCGAAAACAACGCUGCAUUGAUCGUCCCAUUUGAAUUCACGUGCUGUUAAUGCCGUUGUACAAACAAGUGAUCUCGAUACCAACGAAUCCUCAAAACAGUACAUACAAAUGGCAACCAAAAGGAAACCAACACCAUCUGCCCCCGGAGCAGGAAAUGCUGCUCGCCCCCAGAUGAACUUCCGGCAAGGGUUAAACGAUACGGCUGCUCGCAGCGAAGCAAAGGGCACCAGACCGACCGCCACACCGACCUCGAUUAGGGAAGUGCUCACGAUGAUGGUUCUGCACGUAUGCAAAAAGAUCAUCUUCUUCGACACCGGUCUUAAGGUGGCACUGUACUUAGGUUCUUUGUUCAUCGUGUCGUUAAUCGGUGACUUUCUGCCCUACCCAAAGACCUACUUAGCGCGUACGGAUAAUCUUUUUAACGUUUACUUCGUCAAGCUGGGCUGGGCGUGGACGUUACUUUUUUCCUUUCCCUAUCUGGCCAUGACAUCGGUCACCCUCUGUUGCGGGAACAAUCAACGUCUUUUGCGGAAUCACCUUCCCCGGUUGGGGAUAGCGACCGUGUGCUGGUUUGUGUGGACCAAACUGUUCAACGUUAUCGAGGCUAGCUAUGGCCGUUGCAGUACACGCGGGUUCGAUGCUAAAACGGCUUGCCUUAAAGCGGGCCACUUGUGGAAUGGAUUCGACAUUUCUGGCCACGCGUUCAUUCUCAUCUACUCUAGCUUGGUGUUAAUGGAGGAAGCACGGCCCAUCAUCGGAUGGGAGGGCAUCAAGGAUCUACUGCGCAACGAGGAACACAAUCGCAGUAAUAACGACAACUCGCAAACUUCUAAUCCCCUCAAAGGGCUCAAAGACGAAGAUUUAAAAGCACUUAAAUACUUCUACAACAGAUUCACUCCCACCAUUCGGUUGCUCUUUAUCGGUAUGACCAUGUUACAACUGCUUUGGGACGUUAUGCUUGUUGGGACAAUGCUCUAUCAUCAUCGAAUGGUGGAAAAGGUUCUGAGUGGAAUCAUCGCCGUUGUGACAUGGUUUGUCACGUACCGUGCCUGGUAUCCGAUUCCGACCGUUUUACCCGACCCCGUCGGUAAAGGUCUUUUCAAUUAUCAAUCCAUUGUUAAGCCGGAAAUAGGACUACGUCGAAGGAACAGUCUUCUGCAGCCCGGUUCGUCCUCGGCAGCCGGUGCAAACCCGAACGGAGCUGGCAGUAGUAAAGAAAUUCCCAAAUUCAUGGGAAUGCCACUGUAUGCAGCCCGACAACCUGUCUAUCCCUCUGCGACGGCCACAAACACCGGUACGGGGGCAUCUUCAUUAGAAGGCAGUGGACAGCCAGGAUCGUUUAGCAACUCUAGACGCAAAAUUCUGGAAAACCGACAUGAUCCAUCGGGCUGAAGAAAAUUUGAUCCUGUAACAUUGCAGAAUGGAAACAUGCCGCAUUUCGAUUAUCAGCAGUUUUUGAAUAAAUUAUUAAUAACAUUCGCAGCUAUAACGACAAAGCGACACUUGUUUUUACUGAAAAAUUUCAUUAUGGAUUCAGAAUAAAAAUAAAACUGAUAAAAUAGAUUUCGGUACAUUAUAUUAAAAAUCAUUCCUUUCAGUAUAAUAUUCUUAUUGCAUCUUUAUAGAGGGCCUCUAUUGCAAAUACGACUGAGCUUAAGA